UGUUGACUGUGGGAAAGAAGAAGCAUGUACUUGAUCAAAUGAAGAAUAAACCUAAUUAGGAUGCCAACUCCCGCUGCAAAACGACUCUACACACAGGCACCCGAACCUGUAUCAGAGCCUGUGCAAACAGCAACAAUUGUUGUUAUUCAACCUGGAUCUUACAACCUAAGAAUUGGUAGGGCUGCAGAUGGAUUGCCUAUCACUAUUCCACAUUGUAUUGCUCGUAAGAAGAAAGAUCCCAGUAAACCGCUCAAGUCUACUCCAUGGAUUCUUCGUCCAGAAUGCCAGCAUCCAGAAAGUAAACACCAGCAAAGACAAGGGCUGAAGCAGGCAGAGGAAGCUCUGGCCUACAAACCAACGUCAACUGGGGAGUACAGGCAGCCUACGUCACACAAACUGCUGUAUUCUCACAAUAGUAAUGUCCGUGGACAGUUGACAGAAGUCAUUUGUCCUCACAAGUGGACACCCAUUAACCAGAGUUCACCCUAUAUAAUAGGAGAAGAGGCAUUAUAUUUGAACCCUGCAGACAACUAUCACCUUCACUGGCCAAUGCGAGGGGGACACUUGAACGUACACGAUGGACCAGGAGGAACACUGACCGCCGUCAUGGCUGAUAUUGAGACAAUAUGGGGCCAGGCCAUACAGACACUGUUGGAUAUACCUCUAAAAGAUCUCAAGCUGUAUAAAGCCCUUCUCCUGAUACCAGAUGUAUACAUCCAUCAACAUGUAAAACAUAUGAUGGAUAUUCUACUGGAGAAGCUUGGUUUUGGAGCAGCUGUCAUACACCAGGAGUCUGUGUGUGCUACGUUUGGUGCUGGUGUUGGCAGUGCCUGUGUGGUAGAUGUUGGGGACCAGAAGACCAGUGUGUGCUGUGUGGAGGAUGGAAUAUCUCAUAAAAACACCAGAAUAACGAUGGAGUAUGGAGGAAGUGAUAUCACAAGAUGUUUCCAUUGGUUACUUGGGAAGUCUGGUUUUAGCCCACGUGAACUUGACCCUAGAAAUACAAUAGAUGGACUGUUGCUGCAAGAGUACAAGGAAUCAUACUGCCAUCUAGACCAAGACAACUUUGGAGUGAAAGACAGAUCAAUUUUAAUACGGAAACCAGAACAGAAUAUCAUCAAGUAUGCCAUGAAGUUUGGAGAUGAGACAAUACUGGCUCCAAUGAGUGUGUUUUUCCCAGAUAUGCUGGGUCUACAGGGUUCUAAUCUCAUCCAUGUCCAGAGUCGAUCAGAUGGGGACCCACAGGACCCACAUGAUGAGUUCUUCCUUCGCCAGACCACAUCAAGGGAGGCAAAGUUGGCAAAGAAAAAGGACAAUACUGAGAUGAGUCGAGACAACUCUGAGGCGAAUCUAGGUCAGCUGGAUGAUACACAGGCCCAGCAACAGAUGGACGAGGACUCCAAUGAUGCUCCGGACAAUCUCCAAGUUACUGGGGACAUCAACAAGGGCACAAGGCGACUGGACAUUGAAGAGGAGCAGGAGAUGGAAUCUGAACCGGUGUUACAACUGAUGGGAGUUGACCAGGCUAUCCUACAGAGCAUUGACAGAUGUGGGAGUGAUGAGGUGAAGAAAAAGAUGUACAGUUGUAUAAUUGUGGUCGGAGGUGGGAUGAUGUUUGAGGAGGCCCAGCAGUGGCUACAGUACCGUGUCUGGGUGGGCAUGCCUCCCCAGUACAGACUCAUGUUGGAGACCAUGGAUGUCCUCACACGACAGAAGGACAUGGACCCAACACUCACGUGUUGGAAAGGAGCAUCUGUUUUAGCCUGCCUAGACACCACUCAGGAACUCUGGAUCAAACAACACGAGUGGCGUCAAUUCAGCGUGCGCAUGCUGCGGGAGAGAGCUCCCUUCAUGUGGUGAUAGCAUACAGGUUCCAUUCCAAGGACAGAUAAAAUGAUGCAGCAUCUGUGUGCCAGAUGAAAUCCCAAAAGACACCAUCAGACAUCUGAGUUCAUUGCAUUGGGAAAGCUGGAGAUACCGGAUUCAAUUAAUGAUCAGUGAAUAUCUUAAGAUCUGAUCAGUGAAAGGACUGAUUCAUGUCGAGGACUAAUCAGGAUUCCUGUUUGUUGUAACUGUUUUAUUGAAGUUAAACUCUAAAUAUGGUGCUAGUAAAACCUCUCACUCAAGGUUUAUAUAUAUGGUACCUAGAGCAAAAGUAGAUUUCUAAACAUCAAUAUCAAUGUACUGAAUUUGGUAGAAAAGAAAACUCUUGGCAUCUCCUUAAUACAAGGAUACAAUAAUGAUUUGCAAUAUUUUACUGGAAAAUGAAGUAAUUAAAAUCAGUGUAUCAGAGAGUUAGUCUCAACAUACAGCUGUAGUACAAUUUCUAUUUAUUUGUCAUUAAUGACCGAUGUAUUGCACAAUUCCAUACAUGUACAUAAAAAUCAAGAGCUGUUAAAAUGAUGGUAAGUUGGUAGGUAAAGUGCUAGAGCUCUCAUUUCAUAUUACAGUAUUUCAUUUUGGUAUCCUUGAGGAAUUUAACCAUUUCAUAUAAUCUCUAGUUCUUUAUUCCAAUGCCAUUACACAGUAUAAUGUAUGGUAUAUUAAGACUAAUAAGUUCUUAACAGUAUGCUAUCUAAGGUAUAUCAUAUAAUUAUUGUAUGUAAGAGUGAGUGUUAGUUUUGUGACCAGAUAUGAGAAAUGUAUUAAAUGUGUGCUAUGGUUGGAAAUGUUUGAAAGGAAGUACAUGUAUGACAAAUUUGAAUGAAGAUGUCAGUUAUGAGUGUAAUAAAAAUAUGAAAACAAAAUUA